UUAAAUAGGGGGCAAAGAGCACUUUUACGAUCCUUAUACUACUUCGAGGUUAUUGGUGAUAAGCAAAACUGAUUAGAAUAUAUCUUAUGUAAUAAGAGCUAUUAAUAUUCAAAAGUACGUGCUUUUAACAUUAUCAAAAAUGGUCAAGGGUCUAGUGUCUGGAAGACUCGCGCUAGUCACAGGUGCUGGCUCUGGUAUUGGUCGAGCUGCUUGUCAAGUGCUAUCUAGAGAGGGUGCUACAGUUAUAGCUGCCGAUAGAAACUAUGAUGCAGCAUUGGAAACUAUUAAGAAAUAUACUGCAUUGGCGUCUGGUUUAAAUGCAACCGGAGACCAUACUGCUAUGGAAUUAGAUGUAUCAGAUCUAAAAUCUGUUCAGAACCUAUUACAAGCUAUUAUAAGUGAAUACAAGACACCGCCGAGAAUAGUUGUAAACUCAGCGGGGAUAACAAGAGAUAACUGGCUGCUGAAACUCUCGGAGGAAGACUAUGAUAGUGUACUAAAUGUUAACUUAAAGGGAACUUUUCUUGUAAUGCAGACAUUUGCGAAGGCAAUGACAGAGGCUUCAAUAGCAGGGUCAAUCAUAAAUAUAUCAAGUAUAGUUGGAAAAUAUGGAAACAUAGGUCAAUCUAACUAUUCAGCAAGUAAAGCUGGGGUUGUUGCCAUGACACAAACCGCUGCAAAAGAGCUAGGAAAGUUUAAUGUAAGAGUAAAUGCGAUCCUGCCGGGAUUUAUAGAUACUCCAAUUGUUAAAACGGUACCAGAUAAAGUUAUGCAGAAUAUGCUAAAACUCGUGCCUUUAGGGAGACUCGGUGAACCUUCUGAGGUUGCUGAGGUGAUUUCAUUCUUAAGUUCAGAUAAAAGUUCUUUUAUAAGCGGUGCAGCGAUAGAUGUCACUGGUGGUUUCUAAAAGAAAAUUAAUUUGUAAGACUAUUAGAUAUCACUGGGUUUAGAGAUAAAAAUACACAUAGCAAAAUCUAUUGAGCAAUCAAAAUCAAUAUAACAUAUGCGUUAUUUCAGUAUAUUUAAGUCCUUUUACUUUGUCAUCUUGUAAUCAAUGAAUAUCAUGAAGGUGCUAGUUUAAAAUUUGGACGUUAGAAGAACUUGUUUGUAUAUAAAUAUUUAUACAAUAAUAUUGAAAGAUGAACAUAUUUUAUGUAAUGAUUUUUUUUGUAAAUAUAUUAGAAGGAUAGGUUUUAUAUAUUAUAUACUGUAUUUUAUGAUGUUUGCUAUAUUUAAGUAUUUUAAGAUACUAAAACAUACUUAGAUACAAUUGUAAAUGUGUGACUUAUUUUUUUUUUUACUUUUUGAUAAUUUUGUUAUAUAUAUAUAUAUAUAUAUAUAUUUUAAUAAAGACUGUUUUACUCUUGUUCAUAUUUAGUUUAAACUUAUCUGCGUAUAUUAAUAAUUAUCAGAACACCUUACCGUGCUGCUGUAUUUCAAAAAGUAUAAAGGUUGGCCUUUAAAAUAUCAUUCGCCUGGAAUCACCUAAAUCCUACGAAAAAUCUUAUUUAUACUAGCGAAACCGUGGCUUGGCUGCGUGGAAUUCAGCUUAUGGCAAAGAUUCACUAUUUAUUAUUUGUAUUAAAAAGUGUAUGUCUCUUCAUUUUUCA